AUGUCAGUGGACAGCUCGGGCAUGGAGCCACCACCGCUCCCUAGUGAUGGACCAGAGGAGCCGAAGCAUGGCGGACACACUCGUUUUGAGCUGGAGCUGGAGUUUGUCCAAGCUCUUUCAAACCCCGAGUAUGUCAACUGGCUAGCCUCGCGCAAAUACUUGAUGAAUCCCGCCUUCGUCGCCUACCUUGACUAUCUGCAGUACUGGUCGCGACCGCCGUAUCUCAAGUACCUGACAUAUCCCACGGCAACGCUCCGAAUGCUGCAGCUCCUGCAAAGCGAACGGUUCCGUCAGGAAAUCCUUGUUCCAGACGUGGCGUGGCAAUUGAGACUCGAGGGCAUGAAGGCUGCAGUUUUGUGGCAUAAAGAGGGUUGA